GUGGGGGCUUCUUGAGAGGCGGGGGCUCCGUCGAACUAGGCGCCUCCCCUCGGAAGGUGCGGUGCGGACUCGCCCCGCCCCCGCUAAGCGAUUCGCCUUGCUCCGGGGAGGAGGAAGUGGCCGCUAUUUCCUGGGUGCCCCACCCGGGGUGAAAAGAAGCAGACCCUGUCAGGGAAGCUGCGCCCCUGGCCCGCUCCCCAGAAAACGCGCAUGGUGCUGCUUGUGUUCUUCAGAUUACUGUUUGGAAUGGUGUAUUAUAAACUUCAGUGAACCCCUGGUUCAUGAUUAAUUAGAGAACUACCUACAUACUGAUGCCUCCAGAAUCAAUUGCAGAUUGAAAUACUGCUCAUGUUACCAUUCAGCAAGGAAGAAGCAAGUUGGAAUAAAAAUGGAUAUGAUGGCUCGAAGUUACUUGCUUCAGAAUUGCGAGGCAUUGGAAAGAGAUAUCAAGACUUCUUACAUAAUGGAUCAUAUGAUUGCGGAUGAAGCAUUAACAUUGCUGGAAGAGGAGAAAGUAAAAGCCCAGACUACACAGAGAGAACGAGCAGCUAUGUUAGUAAAAAUAAUUCUUGCCAAAGAUAAUUAUGCUUACGUAUCCUUCUAUAAUGCACUGCUUCAUGAGGGAUACAAAGAUCUUGCUGCCCUUCUCCAGGAUGGCAUCCCUAUUAUUUCCCCUUAUAAUGGAAAGAACUCUAUGGAUGGAGUAACUUCAUAUGUUAAGACAAUUCUCUGUGAAGGUGGUGUUCCACAGCGACCAGUAGUGUUUGUCACUCGUCCAGAACUAGCAAAUAGAAUUCAACAGAAAUUGUAUAAAUUAAAAAGCGAUCCAGGAUGGGUUAUUGUUUAUGGCAUGGCAGGCUGUGGAAAGUCUGUUUUGGCGGCAGAAGCAUUACGUGACCACAGUCUUUUGAAAGAUUGUUUCCCAGGAGGAGUACAUUGGGUUUCUGUUGGGAAACAAGACAAGGCAGGUCUGUUAAUGAAACUCCAAAAUCUCUGUCUAAGAUUAGACCAGGACUUCACUUACUCUCAGAGGCCACCACUUAAUAUCGAGGAAGCUAAAGAUCGCCUUCGUUUGCUAUUUUUGCGCAAAUACCCAAGGUCUCUCUUGGUGCUUGAUGACAUUUGGGAUUCCUGGGUAUUAAAAUCCUUUGACAGUCAUUGCCAGGUUCUUAUCACCAGUAGAGAUAGGAGUGUAGCAGAUUCUGUAGCUGGCAAUAAAUAUGAAGUUCCUGUGGAAAGUGGACUAACACAUGAAAAAUCACUUGAAAUAUUAUCUCGGUUUGUUAAUAUAGAAAUAACAGAACUACCAGAAAAAGCUGAUUGUAUUGUAAAAGAAUGCAAAGGUUCUCCUCUUGUGGUAUCUUUGAUAGGAGCAUUAUUAAGAGAUUUCCCCAAUCGCUGGGAAUACUAUCUUAAACAACUUCAAAAUAAGCAAUUUAAAAGAAUAAGGAAGUCAUCAUCUUAUGAUUAUGAAGCACUUGAUGAAGCCAUGUCCAUAAGUGUUGAAAUGUUGCCAAAAGAUUUCAAAGACUAUUACAGAGAUCUUUCUGUCCUUCAAAAGGAUGUUAAAGUGCCUUCAAAGGUAUUCUGUAUUCUUUGGGAUAUGGAGACAGAGGAAGCUGAAGACAUACUGCAAGAAUUUGUUAACAAAUCUCUCCUGUUCUGUGAUCGGAAUGGAAAAUCAUUCCAGUAUUACUUGCAUGAUCUCCAACUUGACUUUCUUACAGAGAAGAAUCGCUCUCAGCUUCAAGCACUACAUAAGAAAGUAGUUGAUCAAUACAAUAAAUGUUAUAAACAGUAUAUACCAUCACAAGAAGACUGCAUGUAUUGGUAUAAUUUUCUGGCCUACCAUAUGGCAAGUGGCAAUAUGCACAAUGAACUCUGUGCUCUCAUGUUUUCACUAGAUUGGAUUAAAACCAAAACAGAAUUGGUAGGACCUGCUCAUUUAAUUCAUGAAUAUGCUGAAUACAGUCAAAUAUUGGAUGAAAAGGAUGCCAUUGCAUGUGAAAACUUCCAGGAAUUUCUAUCCUUAAAUGGGCACCUCCUUGGGCGGCAACCGUUUCCAGACAUUGUACAGCUGGGUCUAUGUCAACCAGAAAGUUCAGAAGUCUAUCGGCAAGCAAAACUAAAAGCUCAGGAAGAAGUUGAGAAAGGAUCGUUUUAUGUGGAAUGGAUAAAUAAAAAAUCCAUGAAGAACAUGUACCGUUUGGUUGUGCGUCCACAUACAGACGCUGUUUACCAUGCUUGUUUUUCCCAGGAUAGACAAAGAAUAGCUUCAUGUGGAGCUGAUAAAAUGCUGCAGGUGUUUAAAGCUGGAAGUGGAGAAAAACUUUUGGAAGUGAAAGCUCAUGAUGAUGAAGUGCUGUGUUGCACUUUUUCAGCAGAUGACAGAUUUGUUGCCACUUGUUCGGCAGAUAGAAAAGUAAAAGUCUGGAAUUCAAGAACAGGGCAGCUUGUGUGUGUGUUUGAAGAACAUGCAGAGCAGGUCAACUGCUGCCAGUUUAACAAUACAAAUCAUCGCCCAUUUCUAUUGGCUACAUGUUCAAAUGACACUUUUGUCAAACUCUGGGAUUUGAACAAGAAACAGUGUCGUAAUACACUGUUUGGUCACAGCAGUUCUGUUACUCACUGCAGAUUUUCACCAGAUGAUAAGUAUGUGGCUAGUUGCUCAGCAGAUGGAACUUUAAAGCUUUGGUAUGCACAUUCGGCAAAUGAACUGAAAACUAUUGACUUAGGAGACUGCUUUAGAAAUGUGGAUGACUACCAGGAUGAUGUGGAAGUCUUAGUGAAGUGUUGCUCCUGGUCAUCUAAUGGAACUACAGUGUUGGUGGCAGCGAAAAACAGGCUUUUUCUUUUUGACGUUAAGACCAGUGAUUUGUUGGCAGAGGUUCUUAUAAGCCACCACAGCACUAUUCAGUACUGUGACUUUUGUCCCAACAGCCAGAUGGUUGCAGUUGCUUUAUCACAUUAUUCUGUUGAAAUAUGGAAUAUUGAAUCCUCUUCCAAAAUUGCUGACUGCCGAGGACAUAUGAGUUGGGUCCAUUCUGUGACAUUUUCACUUGAUGGGUCUUUAUUCCUCACUUCUUCUGAUGACCAGACAAUAAGGAUAUGGGAGACAAAGAAGGUGUGUGAGUCCUCUGCUGUUGUAUUGAAACGUGAAAUAGAUGUUUUGUUCCCUGUUAAUGAAGUUUUCAUCUUGGCUAUUGACAGUAUGAAGCAUCUGCAACUAAUCAAUGGCUUCACAGGCCAUACUGUUUAUCAGACUGAAGAACAGGAGCCUUUCAUUUGCUGCUGUUGCCUAUAUGAAGACAUUCAGACUGCAGCAUUUGGGGAGAAGAAUGGAACAGUAAAGGUAUUAAAUCUGUCAAGUGGGAAUAUUUUAAAAUCCAGAACUGGACACAAAGAAGCUGUACAACACUGCCAGUUUACUUCUGAUGGGAAAACACUCAUUUCAAGCUCUGAUGACUCAACUAUACAGGUGUGGAAUUGGCAAACAGAGGAAUUUAUUCUCCUGAAAGGUCACAAGGAACCUGUCAAGAAUUUUCACCUUCUAAAACACUCAGGGCUUCUUUCAUGGUCAUUUGAUGGGACAGUUAAGCUCUGGAACACAGUUACAGGAGAACUUGAGAGAGAUAUCAUUUGCCAUGAAGACACCAUUCUUUCUUGUGUAAUUUCACCCAAUACCACUAUGUUUUCCACUACCUCUGCUGACAAGACUGCCAAGUUAUGGAGUUUUGAAAGUUCAUCGGUUCUUCAUAAGCUGAAUGGUCACGACGGCUGUGUGAGGUGCUGUGCCUUCUCCCUUGACAAUGAAUUGUUGGCCACAGGAGAUGACAAUGGGGAAAUACGGGUUUGGAAUGUAUUGAGAGGAGAACUGCUUCACCUCUAUUCCCAUGCUUCAAAAAGUGAGGGAGAAUCAGCCCACGGAGGCUGGGUAACAGACCUUCACUUUUCCCCUGAUAGUCAGAUACUUGUUUCUUCUGGGGGAUGCAUUCAGUGGUGGAAUGUAGCUACUGGGCAACUCCUACAAACAUUCUAUACAAAUGGAACAAAUCUUAAAUCAUUACACGUGUCUCCAGAUUUCAAAGUAUGUGUGACUGUUGAUAAUCUUGGCAUUCUUUACGUGCUACAGAUUAUGAAAUAAAUCUGUUUAAAACUGAUUGUAACUGCAGUGUUUUGAGCCGGAAGCAUAUUCCCAAAAAACUUUCUUUAAACUGUGAAGUCAUUUUUCUCUGGCAUAAAUUACCUGUAUAGUAAAUUUGUAAACGUUCCUAAAUCAGCAUACAUUUUAUAUGUUGUGUUUUGAUCAGCAGUUUGAUAUGCAUUUUUUGUGUGGUUAGUGACAUCCAGAUUAAACUUUAGUCAAACUUUAGUCCCCCUGAAAUCAAUGGGGCUAAUUAUUGAGGACUAAAGUUGCCCUGAUCCUAUAUGUAUACUAAGUAGUAUACUAAUGAUAAUUGGAAGGUGAAUUACCAGCCCUAUGAUUACUGAAAUCUUUUCACUGAUCUAUUGGUAAAUGUUUCUAAGCCAUAAGUAGAUUUUCAUAAAAUACCAUAAACCUGUUUUACUAAUGCAAUUUUGUCUUGAGACAAAAGUAGGUGUGUGGAUGUUCUAAAAAAAACCCACCUUAAUAUUUUAAAAGAAUUUUAAGAGCCAUGAUACACAAUGUGACUAAAAACUCCAAUAGGAGAAAAUUAAACUCCAAAUGGUACUAUUAUGUUUUUAGGAGUAGCAGAUUCAUGUUUCUCAAACAUAACCUUGGUUUGCACGUAACACUAGGCCAAACAAUGGCCAAUUGAGUUUACAAGUGUUUGAGUAUUCGUAGGAAAAAUUGUCACCCUGCUGCUGCCAUGGUCCACAGAGGUAAGCCAAACUAAGCCAGUGGUUUGACUUGGCAUUACAUCAAAACCUGAGUACCUGUAUAGUUGUCUGGAUGAGACAACCCAUGAACACUGGCUCAGGCAUAACACUAAGUCAAACAGUUGCUUAGUGCUGCAACAAAGCAGAUGUAAUUUGUUCUGUGAGUAUCACAUACGUUCACAUUUGAGCUAUGGUUUGUGCAAACUGGGCCAGUGUGGUAAAUGUGCAGAACUCUUGUCUCCAUAUGCCCUAAGAAUAAAGCAGGUGCAAUUUUCUGAAGGUAAAUUUUCCCUGAAGUUAUUGGAAGCUGGCUUAUCUUUUUGUUUUUGGAUAAAACCAAACUGUCAGUGUCUGAUCUACUAAAGUAGAUAGUAUUAUUUCAAAUGAAGUUUUCUGAUUGCAAAAUCCUAAUGUAUCUUAUUUUUUAUUUUAAGAUAGCAUAUCUCAGAUUUUUCUCAACUGCAUUUCUUCACUCUUGUGUCAGCAGAUAUUUAAUUGAAAAGGACAACAUAAAAUAAUUAAUGUUGAAUAUAAUCUUUAACCAAAAUAUAUUGUCCCCCUUCGGGUCAAAUUCUCGUCAUACAUGGGACCCCUCCCAUCAUCAUCUUAAUGGAAUGGGAGCCAGUCCAGUGAUGUCAGGACUCCAGAUCAAAAGGGAGGAGUCUGCAAUGUGACUCUUUCCCAUGUUGGUGUCACCAACUGUGAGUACACACCACAAAUCUAGGAUUUUCACCAUUAACGUCUAAGGAGUUUAUGAGCAGCUUAGGAAUAGAAAUUAUUUCCAAUGCAUUAGCAAUCUCUAAUAAUUAUAGCAACCAAUUAGUAACACUUGUUUCAAAGUUUUUGCCAUCUGAAGGUCCAUUUCAAUACUUCUUGUGUUUGUGUUUCAGGUUAAAUUUAAUCAUUGCCUUUCUGCAGUUGCCAAACUGGGUGUUUUUUUAAUGUUGUGUUUUAAUUAACAGUACCCUCAUGCUGUAUCUGGAAAUGUGGUCCUUUGGGCUAGCUUCAGUGAAUUGUGACCCUAUUCUCACCUGUGUAUCCCUUGCUAGGAAGCAUUCCCAUAAAAAAAGAACACAAUUCAAAGGGAUGUAAAGGAAACCCUUACUUUUUGACACAAUGUUCCACUGAAUGGCUGUGCAGGAGCUGGAGUGGAGAUUUGUGUUAUGGGGGCUCAUUAAGAUUCAAUGAAGAAAGUUGAAGAAACAAGGAUUUAGUUGGGUUUUUAAGAGGUUUAAUUUAGAUUUUUGUAGCUUGUGGACAAUAUUUCAAGGUAACAUUCAUCAAAUGAGAUUGUCUAAAUUUUCCACUGGCAUUAUCUAUUGCAACUUAAGAUAAAACUAGAUAAUUAAAAUGAGGCUCAUUGGUCUAUUAUGUUAGGAGAAAGGAAUUGUUUCCGGUUUAUCUGGCAUUACAAGAGAUAAUAGGAGUACUAAUAGCAGCUCAACUUUUGCUUUUAGCUAUACUAUACUGUACUGUGUUGGUGUUAAUUGGAAUAUAUCUUUGCAUCAAGGGAAAUUGCUGAAUUUGCUGACUGCUGAUUUUUUAAAAUGUUUCUAAAACUUUGCUGUAGCAAAGUUGCUGGGUUUUAAUUAAACAAGUUGUGCAUUUGAAAGCAAUAAAUAUUUUAAUAUAUUGCAGGAUGUGGUGCAUUUUUUCUGUCUUAGUCCAUACAUUUUCUUCCUUUUCUCCAAAGUUCAAAGUCUUCUCCAUAUGAGAAUUUUCUUUUCUCAUCUAGAAUAUAAGGGUGCAUAGAGGUAAGCCCCAUUAGAACUUAGCAAGACUUCCAAGUAAAGCAAGACUUCCAAGUAAAGAGGCAUAGAUUGUGUUGAAAUAAUAGAACAAGCAUCUAGGUCUUGUCUUUUGUGGAAAGACGAUGUUUUCUCUGUGCCAAAGCUCAGUGGCUUUGCAAGUGGAGUCAGCUGUAGGAACAUAAUUUGUGAAACUCUGUAAAUCAUUAUAAAAUGGUCACUUCAUUUGUAUGUUGUAAUCCCCUCUAUCCAUUCCUGGUUUUUGUAUUCCUAGUGUGCCUUUACAUACAAACUGGUAAACUUUUACUUGUGCUUGCAAUUCAAACCAGUAUCCAAUCUGGUUUGCAGUCCUGGUAUGCUGUGCAAGUUCAAACCAGAGUUUGCCAGUUUGGAUGCAAAGGUGAUCUGGGAUAAUACAAACCAAAGAAAGGCAGAUUUGCAGGUGAAGAAGGAGUGUUUUCCAUGAUUCAUCUGUAUAGGACAAAACCAUGACUCACAGUUGGCUCAGUUCAAAGUGUCAUUGUGUCUCACUGUAUUAAAAAUGGUAAGUUAUGUCCUUGUGAGCAUAAGGGAAGUUGUCUGGUGGAUAAAUUUGUUGCUUUGAAAGCUUGAUCUUCUAAUUAUAUCUGAAUUCCCUUUCUCUGUUGCUUAGUGACAAGCUCAGCCUCCAGUGUGGGCAAAGUAGUGAAACAGUGUUAUGGCAUCUAGUGGCUGCUUUCUGAUAUUAUCACAGGACAGCACAAACCCCUCUGCUGUGCUACUGUGAAUGACUUGCCGGGGGCAUUGUUUAACAGUUCUUCCUCACAGUCUCUUUAGUAUUUGUGUCUCCUUAAUUAAAAUACCACCAUGGCAAGGCAGUCCUGGUAAGUAACUAUAGUUUCAUCUCUUUUCUCAUAAAAUCAGGUUGGGAUAUUGCAGAUAAAUAAAGUACUGUACACUAUGGAACUCACUCCCACAGGAAGCAGUGAUGGCCACCAGUUGAGAUGACUUUGAAGGAGGAUUAGACAAAUCUAUGGAGGAGAAGGCUUUCAGUGGCUUUUUUCAAAUGGCAUAUCCAAUUCUAGUACAGUCAUACCUCGGUUUAAGUACGCUUCGGUUUGAGUACUUUCAGUUUAAGUACUCCACGGAUCCAUCCGGAACGGAUUAAUCCACUUUCAAAUACUUUCAAUGGGAAAGUUUCCUUCAGGUUAAGUACGGACUUCCGGAACCAAUUGUGUAUUUAAACUGAGGUACCACUGUAAAGAGUAUGCAGUAAGGAAAUUGUAUACAUAGAGCCAGGGCAGUAAAAAAUACUUUGGCAAUGCCACCUGCCAUAGAAUCAGUGUGUUUUGGCUAUACGUGAUUUUGACUUUAUCCCUGGAACAUAAACCCCUGUGUAAGUUUCAAUUAAAAAGUAAAAAGAGAGAGAGAGACUGGAUGUAAUGGAUUAAAAAAAAUGGCUGUUCAUUCUGAGGAGUUUAGCUUGUAACCCAGAAUUAUACCCAACCUUAAAUGAAAAACACAGUUCCCCGGUAGGCUGAGAGCAGAAGUAAAGUACAGCAGUUCUUAAUUUAGAAAACUCAGAGAUUAUUUUUAGAUGGUGUUCCCAGCUUUGCUAAAUGAAAAACUACCAUGCAUGUUCAGGUAAGUAUCAAUUAUUUUUAAUUUCCAUUAUAGUAGAGCCCUUGAGAUCUUGAAAAGCAUUGUGAUUUGGAUGUGCUAUACACAGACAUAACACUUCUUUGGGUUUUCUGUUUGUUAGGACAUCAAAUAUCUUAAAACAUUCCAUCUCAUAUUAAAGAGUUUUAAAUUUAUCUUUCAUUUCAGAAGCUAAGCAAAAGUGUUUCUGUAGCAUUGCACAUUUUGUGCAUGUCAUGCUUGCAAACUGGCCACUAGAAGCAAUGCUAUUUUCAAACCUUUGAUGUAACAAUGUAAAUAGUACUGAGUAUCGCAGUACCUUGAGUUGCUGUUGUGAAGUGCCUGCUGUCAAACUGAUUGGAUUGUGGAAAUCAAAAAGAAUGUGAUUGUUGAUGGGGGAAUUAACUUCUUCACAACAUUUGUCUUGGGAAUUUAUUGAUUGGCAAGUAAUGAUAUACAAUAGAUAUGCCUUCCAUGAGUUUAACUGGUUUUUUGUGUGCUUUUCUUUUUCUUUGAGAACUGCCUCAAAGAGGGUUUCUCAAACUGUGGGUCAGGGAUAGCCAGUGGGCCACCCCAGUGCCUCCUUACUCGCUCACCAUGCUCCCAACUGCCCUAGCAUCAGCUCCCUGCAAGCUCAGUGCAUAGGCAUGUGUGAGGAUGUGAGUUAAGCAAAUGAGGCUAUAGCAUGCAAGGCUGGAGGAGAGAGAACUGACAGGAGGCAGAUGGGCAAACCAACUGGGGGAAGGAGAGGGGCAAAAGGGGGGUGGGGAGCAGAGGAAAGAGAAAAAGAAGCAGCAGCCAGAGUUGCUGUGGUGUCUCCGCAUCUCCCCAGCACCACACAUGCUCAAACUCUUACCCUUCAUUUCAGUCCUCCUUCCAAGUCAGGAAGUCUCUCCUGCCCAAAAUCCAAGAUGGUAGCUGGUGUCUCCACCUCAGAACUAUCUAGCUUUGGGUAGCAGUACAGCAAACUGGUCAGCAGUUGUGUGUGCAUUUGCCCAUGCAGGGCUAAAGAAACAAAGGUGGAAGUAUGUGAAUGUGACUGAGAAUUGAAGACUUUGGGGGUAGAGGAAGGAAAUAAAUUCUCUCUUCCCUGAGGUGAAAGCACCCAAGGGUGCACUGAAGGAAUUUAAAAAGAGAUAAUUGGUUGAUUUUUUUGGCCGAAAUUUGUUUUAAUCGAGGAAAGGAAGUCAUUAUAAGAGGAAGAAGUGAAUGUAACAGCUGAGAUUAUGUGGCAGGUAGAGGAAUAUAAACGGGAUUUUCUUUGUAGAAAGUAUCAGUAACUGCCAGCUGAUUAUGUACACUUGGCUUCCAUCUGCCAUCACUUUGUGACAGAUUCUACCUCUGCACUGCCAUUUUGUAUCCGGUGGAUUGCCAAUAAUUUUUAGCCCUUUCAAGUGAAUACUUGUUGUGGGGUUUGAAGCCCCCAGAUCUAACUCAAAGCUCAAUAUAUAAUGCCUUUCCUCUGCCAGAAUGUGGAGUGAGUUCAUUGCAAACUUUCUAAAUUGAAAUUAAUUUUUUGAAGAAAAAAUAAACCAUUGACUGGUACUCAAUGAGAACAAAAGCACUUUUGGGGGCAUAAGCCAUUUUACGGGUGAAUUAGAGGCAUCUGUUUCAGGUCCUCUUGUGCCAGCUUCACCAAUUAUUCCUCUUUUUAAAAAGCGUUUCUUUUAUUUGUUCCCCAAUGAUACCUGAAUGAAGAAAUGAACAAAUCCAAAUUUCAAAUUUGCACCCAUUUCUUGUGUGUAAAUAUGUGCAAAUAAGCUUUAUGGUUUCAAGGAAGAAGCAGCUAAGUAUUAUAUUUUGUGAUAUUUUCAGCUCUGGUGCCUCAUUUAUGUCACUGGACUAAGAAAAUGCUUUUGCCUUCUUUCAUGACUUUUGCUAUUGUUUCCCUAAGUCAACUAUAGCAGCAAGGGCAGAGAGAGAGAGAGAGAGAGAGAGAGAGAGCGAGAGAGAGAGAGAGAGAGAGAGAGAGAGAGAGAGAGAGAGAGAGAGAGAGAGAGAGAGAGAGUGUUAAUGGCAGCUACCAAGCUUGUUCUCCUGGAAACUUGCUUCUUGUCCCCCCACCAUUGCUACCAUUUCUUUUAGAGGACUCUGCUGCCACGUACCUGAAGACCAUGUUGAGGUAGUGUUUGGUUUUCUUACUUUCAAUAUUUUCAGAGUAAACUUUGAAGGUGGGAUUUGAAGGGGCUGUUUGAAGAAUGAGACGCCUUACAGGUGGCAUGAGAGGGACUCCCAGGCAUAGCAAAGGCAGAGUAUUAGAUAUUCUUUAGAUAGCUUAGGGUGGAUGAACUGAAAGAAAUGUCAUGGGCAGAGCUUUAUUAGGAGGUGAGGGAAGAGAAAGAAGGUGGGGAAAGUGUACUGAGAACCUCAAAGGCAAGAACAAGAAAUUUGUAUUGCAGCCAGUGUAGACUGAAGGAGUUGUAUAUUCUGAGUGACAUGAGAGCAAAUUAUUUUGGUGGCUGAGUUCUGUAUAGAGGUAUUAGCCAAAGAGAUAACGAAAAGGUCAGAGACGAAAAACUAGCGUGAGAGCUAAACAUACCCCAGAAGAAGAGUAAUAGUUUGAUAACAUUAUAUCGAGGAUGUCAGGAAUGCUGAUGUGUAGCAAGGUCAAGAUGUUGCUGGGGAGGCUGAAGGUGCUAUUAAGAGAUACGUUGACAAUUACGGUAGGUUAGAUUUGAAGUCUGUGUUCUAUAGCAUAGAGACAUCCCACAUCCACCAAGUUCUAGCAUUGGCCUGAAGCACGGAGGCGUUCCCUUUUUGCCAACACUAGUCUCAUGUGAGAUAUUGAAAGCUGUUGAGUAAGUGAAGUGGUUCAUAGGAUCAUACCAUUGUCUCUUUGACAGUAAAGGCUGAUCCAUCACUUAACAACAGCUUAAUGUUCAAUAUUAUCCACACUAAAUUUUCCAGAAACUAAUACUGACUGUACAACUUCAAUUUAUUUUGUGU